AUGGGGAAGAAGUCAAAGGAGUGUCACAAAAUCUCCAUCACCAAAGUAACCAGCGAAGUUAUUUACCGAAAAGCCUUCUGUUUACUGACGGCAUUUUUUGUCCCUCAACAUAAAGCUCCUCCUGAAUUUUUUGAUCCCGAGCCGUAUCUUCUCGUCGGCCUCAGAAACUCUAUUGUCCGGCUCGACCUGGACGGCGUCGGUCAUAAACUCCUCGUCCCCGGUGUGGGGAAGGACAUCCUGAUGGACUUCCACUACAGAGAAGGAAGAGCAUAUUGGGUGGACACACACACUGGCGUCCUGAGUCAGGUCGACCUGAACGGGACACACACUCGGAACCUUCUGUCACUUGGGAAAGGAAUCUCAGGCCUCGCUGUGGACUGGAGAGGAAACUCGGUGUACUGGAGCAAUGGGAAAACCGGGAUGAUCCGGAGAGCGGAUACAGAUGGACACAACGUCAGAACCGUCCUGAGAGACCUGACUCGGCCCAGCAGUCUGGUUAUUGAUCCAAACAUGGGAUCUAUGUUUUGGGUGUCGUCCGGCGUGACGUCCGGUAUUCAGCGCUCAGAUCUGACCGGCGGUCUGAUCACCACGGUGCUGGAAACCUCAGACAGAUUGUUGUGUUUGGUCUGUGAUGCAGUGAAGAAGAAGCUGUUCUGGAUUCUUCAGCACAGAGUGAACGGACUCAGUUCUCUCGGCUCCUGUGAUUAUAACGGCAACUCCGUUAACGUCCUCAACCAGAGAUUAAGCAGAACAAACACUCCGAAGAUGUCACUAUUUUCGGAUUACAUCUACCUGACGGACCCUGCAGCACAAAGUGUAAUGAGAGUAAACAGGAACAUGAGAGAACCUCCUGAGAAAGUCAUCUCCAUAAAGAUGCCGGACGUUCCUGUUGAUGUUAAAGUGGUCCAUCCGACGAAUCAGCCGGAAAGUCGUGUUGCAUUCACUAAGGAGUGUGAGACAGAUAAGUGUGUGAGUGUAUGUUCCAGCUCUAAUGGUCGCUGUGAGUGCAAACCUGGCUUCAAGCUCAGCAAACACAGCAACUACUGUGAAGAUGUAAACGAAUGUGCUCUGUGGAAUCACGGCUGCUCUCUGGGGUGUGAGAACGUUCCAGGUUCUUAUUUCUGCACUUGUCCUGAAGGAUACGUUCUUCUGCCUGACCACAAAACCUGCAUAGAAAUGAAGCCAUGUGUGGAGAAUGAUACACUGUGUGAACAUGCCUGCACACACACACUAGAGGGCGACAUAUGUGUGUGUCCAGUUGGAUCUGUCCUAAAGCCUGAUGGACGUUCCUGCACAGGGUGUGUGUCUCUGGAUCGAGGUGGCUGUAGUCAGGUGUGUGUGACGUUGGCGCCCGGGAGGUGGGAGUGUGUGUGCCAACCCGGAUAUACACUACAGCCAGAUGGCAAACAAUGCAAAGCCCCAGGUCCUUCAGCACUGAUGCUGUUUGCUAACAUGGUGGAUGUGAGGAUUGUGAAUGUGGAUGGAUCAGAGAGCAGGAGUCUGAUGAACGAAUCGAAACGCUCCAUCAUGGCUGUGGAUUAUGAUCCUGUGCAGAACUGGGUGUAUUUUGCUGAUACCGAGCGUAGACAGAUUGAGAGCGUCUCUGUAGAUGGAGGUGACACAGAAGUUCUGAUCACUGAUGUCUCACCUGAGGGAAUCUCUGUGGACUGGAUCAACCGCAGACUCUACUGGGCAGACAGAGGGAUGUUCUCGGUUUCUCGUAGCCGACUGAACGGACUGGAGAGUACGGUGCUGAUUCAGGACAAACAUCUGCAGCCAAGAGACGUAGCAGUUCAUCCUCAAGCUCAGACUAUAUUCUGGACAGAUGUGGGUGUCCCUGUGGCGGUGUGGAGGGCAGGUCUGGAUGGAGAGGAUCGCUCGGUGCUGAUUGGUUCAGGACUUGUGUCUCCCUGCGGCAUCACUGUGGAUCACAACACACACAAACUGUACUGGAGCGACAUCGGAGCCGGACGCAUCGAGUCAGCGGGGCUGGAUGGCUCACACCGACACACACUCACACACAAGCAAGUAGGUCGCCCAUUUGACAUAGCAGUGUUUGAGGACACCGUGUGGUUCAGUAACUGGGAAGAUGAUCACAUUUAUCGACUGGAUAAAAGAACAGGAAGUGAUGUGGAACGGAUUAAUGUGAACUCUGUCCGACCGGCUUCACUCAUUAUAGUGCAUCCUCUCAUUAAACCAGGGGCAGACCUUUGUCUCCAUGGAAACGGAGGGUGUUCCCAGCUUUGUGAAAGCAGCCUCGGAUUGGCUCGUUGCUCUUGUCGCUCACAGCACAUCCUAUCAGCUGAUGGCAAAGCCUGUUUUCCCAUAGAUACCUCUUCCUCUUCUUUAUCUUCCUCUUCGUCAUUAUCUGCAGGUCACUAUAGUGACGGCUGUGUCUCAAAUCACAUACUGUGCUUUAUUUUUAGACUAGUACUGCGUAAUACAUCCUUCCUGUAUGAAAGAAUAACAAUAGAUUGUGUGUGUGUGUGUGUGUGUGUGUGUGUGGUGACAGUGGAGCGUAGUGACACCUUCAGGCCGAGCUCAGAGACUCCACCUCAGGUGACGACGCCGUGGCGACGUGGAGACGUGGUGGAGAUCUGUCCAUCCACACACGACUCCUACUGUCUCCACAACGCUAUGUGUUUCUACUUUCCUGAGAUGGAGACUUAUGCCUGCAACUGUGUUCUAGGCUACAUGGGGGAGCGUUGUCAGUACAGUGAUUUGGAGUGGUGGGAUCUGCAGCAAGUGGAACAGGAGAAGAGGAGAAACACCGCCAUUGCUGUAUGCAUCACUUUACUCCUCCUGCUGCUGACCAUCACAGUCAGCAUCACCUACUGCUACAGGUGUAGGAGGUGUACAAGAAGGCGAGCUACAGAAGAGAUGGUCGGUGAGAGGAGUGUGUGUGAGGAGACGGUCACUGAAAGACGAUCCAUCAGCCCACAGUUCUAUGUGUUGCUGAACCACAACCAUGAAAAGGCAAUCCACAUAGUCGGUUCUCAUAGAAGAGGAGUGUGUCCAUGCUGCUGCUCAGAAACAGGUGAGAGUGUUGUCUCUGAAGACACUACGACUCAGGACACACUUGUGGAUUUGGUAGACGGUGACACACCAGAGUUGUGCAUGAAGCCCAGCAUUAAUCUGAUCUCUCUGGACGACUCACACACAUCAUCACUGAUGUAAACAUCUGCUGUCUGUGUGUGUGUGUGUUUGUGUUUGUGUGUGUGUGUGUGUGUGUGUGUGUGUGUGUGUGUG